CUCACGCACGCACAGUGCGUGUCCAGCAGCAAUGACAUACGUAUAAAUGGUAUGAGGAUUCCAAGCAUUCCGAUAUUCAUUAUCCCUGUAUCCUAACAUCGUCUAUAUAACAUCACUCUUUAGUCCAAUAUUACCAGGAAUAUGUUGACCUACUUAACCCGCUUUGCAAUUGCUCUUGCUCUCGCAUUAUCUGUUCUCGGUGCUGUUAUCCCCGCAACGACAGUGACCGCGAUGCCCCUCGCGACCACGACUGCUCCUGUGUCCGCAAAACCACAUUAUAAGCAGCUUGACGGUGCUCUGUGGAAGAACAACGUUCACGAGAAGAUCUAUUCAUCUGAAGCACCUGCGGUGACUGCAGAAGGUGAUCUCUCAAAUACGUUAGAGUUGCAAGCUUUUACUGACACAGACUCUGUCACACCAGGUGAACUUGCCGCCGUUCGGCGGUCCGGGGAGCUUUGGAAGGGGAGAGAACAUGAAGAGGUAGUCCCAGUAAUGGGCCCCUCUCGCCGAUCUGGCGAACUAUGGAGAGGACUCGAACACGAAGAGAUAGCCCCAGCUGACCAGGCGCCCUCUCGCCGAUCCGGCGAACUCUGGAGGGGACUCGAACACGAAGAGAUAGCCCGAGGUAACCAGGCGUCCUCUCGCCGAUCCGGCGAACUCUGGCGCGGAUUAGAACACCAGGAGAUUUCCGCUUACCCUGAUGUUUGAGCUAUACCGUGUUAUCCUGAGUAAACUAUUGGUUAAUAUGACCGAGGACCUCGGCGUUAUCGGUGCGCUAAACCCGAAUGAAUCCGCUCUUGCUGUGCAAGCAGCGCUACGGUACACACUAGUUGGCUACUUGACUGGUUUUUUUUGGUAUAAUUAUUAAUAUCCAUUCUCCAGCGGGAGCCAAGAGCGCGCCCCACCUUGUAUACUUAUUCUUUAUUACUUUAAGUUAUUCAUAACCUGCUUGUAUCUGUACUUAGUACUUGUUAAAUAGUUGUUCAAAUGUAUUUGUUAGUUUGCUGAUGUGGAAAUAC